UGCAGUUUAAUCACCGUGAAGAUGGACAACAUUUAUGAGAAUGUGGAGAUUAAACCAACUCUGGUUUAUUCAUAUUGUUCUCAGCCUACAGCUGCCGUGUGGAGUCAAGGGAAUUCAGCAGCAUCUCAGGGAAACAGUGCUGGAAAAGUGUCUUUCUACAAGAAGUCUUCAGUAGCCUUCGCUUGUGUGUGGAUCAUCACUCUGAUUGCUGGACUGGGCUUCAUCAUUCACCGCAGUUCAAUGGAAACUAGACGUGUCUCUGAGCUUCAGAAUGAUUUGUUGGACCUGAAGAUGAACAGCUCCUCACACAUCACUGAGCUACAGAAUAAUCUGGAGACACUGCAAAGAGAACACUCAGACCUUCAGAGAGACCAUUCAGAUCUACAGACAGACUACAGAAACGUGAACAGAAGCUGUCAGCUUACACAGAGCUCCAAGGCUGAGCUGCAGAAGAAAGUGGAGGAUGAGGAGGCUGAGAACUCCAGACUGCAGCGUCUCUACAGCAGCAUGAAGGGCAGUUAUCUCCCCAUAGAGAUGUGCUUCCCCAAUGACACCAACAAGACUGUCAGUCGUGUGUUUGCUGAAUAUUCACGAAAGGAAGGAGUUGUCCCAAUACCAGUGUGGAAGUGGCUUCAUGAGGCUUCAGCUGAUGUGACUCUGGACUGCAACUCGGCACAUCGCAGUCUCAUCCUGUUUGCGGAUGGGAAACAAGUGAAAUAUGGAGACAAAAAUCAGAACCUCCCUGACACUCCACAGAGAUUUGAUCCUGUUGUUUCUGUCCUGGGCAGAGAGGGAUUCUCCUCUGGGAGACACUACUGGGAGGUGGAGGUGGGGGAGAAGACUGAGUGGACUUUAGGAAUUGCGAGAGAGUCCAUCAACAGGAAGGGGGAAAUUAAACUGAGUCCCAAAAAUGGUUACUGGACAAUAUGGCUGAGAAAUGGGAAUGAGUUUAAAGCUCUUGCUAGCCCUUCUGUCCUUCUCCCUCUGAGCCUGAAGCCCCAGAAGGUGGGGAUAUACUUGGAUUAUGGGGAGGGACAGGUCUCCUUUUACAAUGUGGAGACCAGGAAUCACAUCUACACUUUCACUGACACCUUCACUGAGAAACUGUAUCCAUACUUCAAUCCCAACACCAAUGAUGAUGGCAAAAACUCUGCCCCACUGAUCAUCUCUCCCACUGAGAAAACCUGACUAAACAUGAAAUGUUUGUUUUUCAUUAUGCUCCAUAUAAA